AUGCCCGGCAAACCUUGGGACGGGGAAGGAGACGCCGCCAAAGUCUGGAAGGGCCUCGCCGAGAUCUUUGCCAAGUUGGAGAAGCACCCGUUUGCCAAAGCGGGGUCUCUGAGCGUCGAGUCUGCUGGUGACACCCCGUUUGUUUCUUCUGUAGCCAGCGACAGGUUCGUCUGUUUACACCCUUGCGGACCAUGUGAAACGUCGGAGGCGUACUACACGGCCUGGGCAGAGCAAUACCUGGCACUGAUUGCAGAUGGCCAGCUCUAUCCCCAGUUCUCCGUCGAAGCUUAUUUGGUGUAUCGCUUUCUCCGAGACAAUGCGGCUCAAUUAGCCGACGGUGAGAACCGAUUCUUUUUGAAGCACGUGGACGACAAGGGAGAUCAUUUGAUGGUGGAUGAAGACCUCAACAUUACCGGAACAAUCGACUGGCAGAUGGCGCGUACUGUUCCCCGACGCGAGGCAUUCGCGCUUUCCCUUGUAUCAGCCGACAUGCGAGCACUCUGUGAUGGUGAGGUUUCUCUCAGUACCAGCGAUCUCGCGUUGAGAAACGCCGUGUACGAGACGAGCGAGGGCAUGGCGCAUCAGAUGGGAGAUGAGAAGGUGAGACGAUUCUUCUGGGGCUUGAGACUGGAGACGCAAUGGGUAUAUGCGUUGCCACUGGCAAAUGCCUUGCUUCAGAUGUUUGGCAUAGAGCAAGGUUGGGAUGAAUGGAAGGAGGUGGCAAUAAAACAGUAUGGCGACGAUGAACGCCUGGAGGCUCUUGUGAGAACGAGCUCGGGCGUGUCUCAAUCUGAUAGAUAG